AUGUCAAUGGUCAAGGAAGAUAUACUCUGGCUCGAGCCACUCUUCUUCGAUAGUAAUUUUACCAUGAUUGAAGCAAAACUCGGAUAUCAAAUAACACCAUCAUCAUCCAAUAUUUCCUCAUCAUUAAUGUCAAUUUUAACUGUAACAACGUCAUCUGCUGCUAAAGUUCUUUCUAGUCAAAAUCAUUUUCCUGUCCUUAAAUGGUCCGUUCGAAUCAUCGGUGGUUUAUUAAUUGUCAUCGGUGGUAUUGGUAAUACUUUAUCUGCUUUAACACUUAGCCGAAAAAAAUUAAGAGCUCAAGUUACAUCCAUUUAUCUCAUUGCUUUAGCAUUAUCUGAUUUAGGCAAGAAAAUUCAUUAA